AUGGUUUGUGAGUCUCGCGCAGUCAAGCGGACCUUUAACGACACGCAAAAGGAGAUAUCCGAUGUCGAUGCGCAAGAAGACUUUGAAAUGGACUGGCCAGAUACUUUUCUCGAGCACUUGGCUCCUACGUUGUACCGACCAGCUGGGUCUGCGACGAGCGAGCUUGGCUCCUUUGCGGCGCCACAGCAUAAUGCCCACCCGCAGCCUGAAGUUGUUCGAAUCAGGUACCGCCCGGGCGAGUGA